AUGCGGUUGUCCGCUGUCCUACUGGCCCUCCUCUCAGGCCUCAACUUAUCAGAAGCUCUCCGCAAACCAUCAGACAGCGUCCUCCUCUCCAAGAUCUCCAGUCUCACUUUACGCGCCGGUCAAAAAACCAGUGCUCGUCGCAGCUCUCCAAUUCCACAGCUACAAUGUAUGGGUGGUAAUGCACGGGGUCUCUACGAUGUAGAUGUGAUGCGUUGCACUAACGCCGGCUCUGAUUACGACGACGAUAAUGUACAAUGGACUUGCAAGGCCUCCCUGCCCCCGGAGUUUAAGCUGGGCAGUACGGAUGUUUCGUGCGAGGGCUAUGACUCGCCCGAGGAUCCGUAUGUGUUGAAGGGGAGCUGUGGUGUGAGCUACAGGCUUGUGCUUACCGAGGAGGNNGGUGAGAGGAAGUAUGGUCACAGAGCAGAUGGAGAUGACAGAACUGGUCCAUCCUCGACUGGCGAGAAGCUCAUCUUCUGGGCUUUCUUCACGUUUGUUGCAGGCAUGAUUGUCUACGGAGUCUGGGAUUCAUGCGUCAGAGGAAACAACAGACGCCCGCCGCACGCAGGUCACGGGUAUGGGGGUGGUUGGGGAGGUGAUGACAAUAAUGAUGACGCACCACCACCUUACACACCGUAUGGCAGCAAGCCAAGCUCCAGUCGCAACUACGGCACACAGAACGGACAGGCUUGGAGACCUGGCUUCUGGUCUGGUGCCGGCGCAGGAGCUGCUGCGGGUGCCGCUGCAGGAUACAUGGCUGGAAACAGAGGAAGCAGCUCACGCAAUGCCCCUAACAGAUCUUACAGCGGUGGUUGGGGUGGCAGCACAGGCUCGAGUUCUCCUACACCAUCGUCAUCGAGAUAUGAGAGCACUGGGUUUGGCUCGUCGAGCCGUAGAUAA